CCCUCCUUCUUUCUCCUGCACUCUUCUACACACAGGUCACCCCCAAGUCAAAACAUCUCUCUCUCUCUCUCUCUCUAGGGCACCAAAGUCUCCGAUUCCAGCCAUGAACGCCUUCAGGCUCGCCGGCGAUAUGAGCCACCUCAUCAGCAUCCUCGUCCUCCUCCUCAAAAUCUACGCCACCAGAUCCUGCUCAGGAAUCUCGCUGAAGACGCAGGAGCUUUACGCGGUGGUGUUCCUGGCGCGGUACCUGGAUCUGUUCACGGAUUUCAUUUCGGUGUACAACUCUGUGAUGAAGGUGGUGUUCAUUUUGAGCUCGGUGGCGAUUGUGGUGUGUAUGCGCCGCCACAGAACUGUGCGGCGGUCCUACAAUAAGGAGCUGGACACUUUCCGCCAUCACUAUCUCGUCGGAGCUUGCUUUGUGCUUGCUCUCCUUGUUAAUGAGAAGCUCACAUUUCAGGAGGUCUUCUGGGCAUUUUCAAUAUACUUGGAGGCAGUGGCAAUUAUUCCACAGUUAGUUUUGCUACAGCGAAGUGGGAAUGUGGAUAAUUUGACAGGGCAGUAUGUUUUCUUUCUGGGGGUCUAUCGUGCAUUGUACAUCCUCAACUGGAUCUACCGCUACCUCACGGAAGCAAAGUUCAGUCGAUGGAUCGCUUGCAUAUCUGGUCUGGUUCAGACAGCUCUAUAUGCAGAUUUUUUCUACUACUACUUUCUCAGUUGGAAAAACAAUGCAAAUCUUAAUCUGCCAGCUUAAGCGGAGGAGGUGUACAUCUGAAUCAUAGGUUUGGUUUUUCUACACCAUGAUUGGUAACUCGAGUUGAGGCGUGACUCUUCAGAGGAAGCAUAUAGAGACUAGUUUUGAAUUAGGAUACAACCCUGAUUCCCUGAAUCCAUACAUGGGGUUCUAGCUAGUUAGUGAAUUUUGGUGGAACUUCACCCAUGUCAUACACAACCUGACCUACAAGUAUCAUGACCUUGUAAAAGACAAUGAAAUUGCAGAUGAGUUAU